AUGCAAAUUCGAACUAUGAUAUGUAUUUGUCCAAUAAUUAUUUUACUAUUGAUGAGUUUUUUAAUAUUUGAAUAUACUUAUCAUCAUAUUAGUGUUGAAAAUAUUCAUGAAACAAAUAAACAUAUUGAUAUAAAAAAUACACAUAUUCAUAGUUUAACAUGUAAAACUUCUAUUGAUUCAUAUAAAAAAUGUUAUAAACAUGUUACUGUUUUAUUACCUUAUAAAAGUGUUACAAAUGGUAUUGAAACUGUUCUUCUACUUAGAAAAUAUUUAGAAACUAUUAAUCAAACAUUAUUAAAUAUAUCAGUUUAUUGGAAUCAAGAUGAUCGUUUAAAACCUUUUACAAAUUUAAUAUCAUCAAAAAAUGAAUGUCAGAUACUAUAUUGUGGAGCUCAUGAAGCUGGUACAGAUGGUCUUGAAUUUCUUAGAAAAUAUGAAUAUUGUAAUGUUUGGUUUUUAGAACCUGUAAUACAAUUCUAUGAUAAAUUAAUUCAUUCUAAUGAAAUAUUAAAACAAUUAAAAACAGGUAAACAUCAUAUGUAUCAUAUUGGUUUAUCAAAUAAAAAUGAUCUUAUCGAUGUAACAUGGCAAGAUAUUAAAGAAUCACAAGCUUUGACUUUAAUUGGAAAACAAGAAAAUAAACAAAACAUUGGUAAUAAUCAAAAAUACAAAUUAAUUUUAAGAGAUAUUGCAGAAAUACUAUUCGAAUUUCAUCUAUUAUCAACAACAAGUAAUGGUAUCAUAACUGGAGAAUUAAAUUUAUUACAUCUUAAUUGUGAAGGUUGUGAAUAUGAUGUUAUUGAAAGAUUAGUCAAAACAAAUUUAAUUAAAUAUAUUAGAAUAAUACAAUUAGGUUCACAUCGACCAGCAGCUAUUCAUACAACUGUUAAUCAAAGAUAUUGUUGUCUACAACAAAUGUUAUCAAUGACACAUCAUUUACAAUUUGGUGUACCAUGGGCAUGGGAAAGAUGGUUAAGAAAUGAUCUAGUAGAAAAAAAUGUUUAA